AUGGGAGAGACGGGAACCAAGAUGGCAGACGCAAUUGUUCCUGUCCCAGCUCCCUCUGCCGGAGCCAGUGAACGUCCCUACAGCCAUUUGGAAAAGAAGGAGAGGCUCAGCACCAGCGGCACGUCCCCCAAGAACUGGGUGAUGCUCAGGUCAGUCUGCAACAGAAGAGGGAGAGGAGAGGCCCAGCACCACCUCUGGGCUCUAAUUAACAAAUUUGCAUCGACUCAGAUCGAAGCUCUCAGAAAAACAAGGCUGGAUGGAGAUUGGCUGCAAUCCAAUGUUGAAAGACGCAGAAAAAGGGGUCAGUCCAGCCCUCACCUUACACAUCUCCCCAAGCACAGUUCUGACUUGGUCAGGGUCCAAGUUUACUAUGGCAGGGGUUGGCAGAGGGUGGGUGAAGCCAAGGGGCCACCGUCUGGCUCUCUGAUCCUCAUCGGAACUAGGGUUCGACAUCCAGCAAAACAGACUGUGAGAACACAAUGGGAUUCUUCUCCACCAGCGGCGUGCACAUGCACACACGCGUGCUCACACCCACACACACGCACAUGCACAGGAGGCACAGAGCCCAGCACGGGCUCUGUUCACAGUGACCUGAUGAAACUCAUGGAAUCUUUGAGCUGGUCUGAGAUGCGUUGGGAAGAAGGCCACGGGCUCCUCUCCCUGAGGACAGUGCAGAGGCUGAGUGGGAUGCCGGCUCCGGUCUGA